UCCUUGCUGUUGUCUCUGCUUCUAAGUUUGCCUUGGCCAAGUUGAAGUAUUUUGAACUGCACUUUGUACACAUUUGUAUCUCCGACUUCUGCUGUCUCCCAACCGCCGAUUCUGCGAACCCGGUCGCACUGAUUACCUGGCGGAGCUCGGAAGAAUUAGAAGUGACCAGAAACCUGAUAUCGCAGCCAUGAGUGAUGCCUAUGAGCGUGAGCGGCAAAACAAUGCGCUCCUCGAGUCUCUUUCGCAGAAAACAAAUGCUUUAAAGUCCGUUACUAUAGAUAUCUACGACAACGCACAAAACCAAGAAACAAUCGAUAGUACUAGCGAAGUAUUUUCCUCCUUGUCUACGAAUCUCAGAGGUAGCGCCGGUCGCCUAACCCGCGCCGCAAGGCAGGGUGAUAAAGUGGCAGUUUUGAAAGUCGCCGGCAUCGUGGCAGGUGCCGGUGUCGGCGCUUGGGUUGUUCUGGGCUGGAUAUUCUAGAUUAUGUAUUGCUAUUAUACUAUCUCCUUUGUGCCUUGGGACCGGCGGCGAAUUUGGCGUUUUGGGAGGGAUUGACUCUGAUAAUAUUUGGUGCUCGGAUUCUUUGAGCUGCUUGUCCACGAGAGAUAUCGCUAUACCCUGCAAUGAUGUAUUGCACGUUGUUUUCUGUUUCCCCUCGGAGGUAAAGGCGAGCAGGUAAUGUCUGCAUAAUACGGGCUUUGCCGACCCCGAAAUGAGUCCACCCGCUGAAUAUUUUAUACCCGCAUCUGGGGGUGUAUAUC